AGCGGACCCCGGGGGAGCCGGUGCCCGGCCAGCAGCCGCCCAGCGGAGCCCCGGGCGGGGGCGAGCCCAGCCGUCCUCCGGGCCUUUUCCCCGACCGGGCGACCGCGGUGACAGCCCAGCCCGGGGCUCGAGAGGGGAGCCCCGCGCGGGGUGGGCGGCGCGGCGGGACGUGGGUGUGCCCGCCAGUCCUCCUCCGGGACGGGCCGCCGGGGAGGAGCCGACGCCAAAGCCGGCGGGAGGCUCGGAGCGCCGGCUCCCUGGGCCUUCGGCUUGUUCGUCUGAGCAGCUGGUUCCCGGAGCCGGUGAGCCUCCUGGAGGGAUUUGACUGGACUCAAAGCCCCGGAAAGUCACCCGGCUUCGGGGCCCCAACCGUCAGGCUCUUUUUUCCAACACCCCCCAGCCGCCGGCCCUCCCAGCCCCUGCAGCCACGCUGCUGAUCCUGGGGACCUGGCGACCUAGGACUGCGACCAGGAUCCUGGAAGGCCCCUCUGCACACCGCCAGAGAGCCGAGCCUCUGCUGGAAGGAAGAGGGGAGGCGAGACCCCACAGGACACCCCUGCAUGCUUCCCAGGAUUAAGAACCUAUAUAUGAAGCAUCUUAUUUCGUGACCGAAGCUCCACGGUCAGUGAGACGUAAAUGGCCCCACUUCCCCCCGGCAUUCGCUUCAUCGUCUCGUUCUCCAGGGAUCAGUGGUACAGAGCCUUCAUUUUUAUUUUGACAUUUUUGCUGUAUGCAAGUUUUCACUUAUCUCGAAAGCCUAUCAGCAUAGUUAAGGGUGAGCUGCACAGCUACUGCACGGCUUCAUAUGAGGGGGAGGUCGGAUUCCACAGCCAGAGCCCAAAAGCCGGGGACACCCCCGCUCAGCAGCUCCCAGACAACGGGACCGACUGUGGCUGGGCCCCAUUUGAUCAGGACAACUUCCAGCAGCUGCUCGGCGCCCUGGACUACUCCUUCCUGUGUGCGUACGCUGUUGGCAUGUACCUGAGUGGCAUAAUAGGGGAGCGCCUGCCCAUUAGGUAUUACCUGACUUUUGGAAUGGUGGCCAGCGGUGCUUUCACUGCCCUGUUUGGGGUAGGGUAUUUCUACAACAUCCACAGUUUUGGAUUCUACGUGGUGACCCAGAUCGUCAACGGACUGGUACAGACCACCGGCUGGCCCAGCGUCGUCACCUGCCUCGGCAACUGGUUUGGCAAAGGGAGGCGAGGUUUGAUCAUGGGGGUCUGGAAUUCCCACACGUCUGUGGGCAACAUUCUGGGGUCCUUGAUCGCUGGCUACUGGGUGUCCACGUGCUGGGGCCUGUCCUUCGUCGUGCCUGGGGCCAUCGUGGCAGCCAUGGGGAUAGUGUGCUUUCUCUUUCUCAUUGAACAUCCGAAGGACGUCGCCUGCUCUUCCUCCCCGGCCACGCAUCCAAAAAGCUACAAGAACGGCACGCACAGAUUCCGGCCACAGAAGCAAGCGCUAACCGAGGAGAGGAACAAAUCUCUGGACCCAGAGAUGCAGUGCUUACUGCUGUCGGAUGGAAAGCGCUCCGGCCACCAGAACCACGUGGUCGUUCUCCCGGCAGACGGCGGCGGCGGCAUCGCGGCCAUCAGCUUCGUAGGGGCCUUGAAAAUUCCCGGCGUGAUAGAGUUCUCUCUGUGUCUACUGUUUGCCAAGUUGGUCAGCUAUACUUUCCUCUUCUGGCUUCCACUGUACAUCACAAAUGUAGAUCACCUCGAUGUCAAGAAGGCCGGGGAGCUCUCCACCUUGUUUGAUGUGGGCGGGAUCUUCGGUGGGAUCCUGGCAGGUGUUAUCUCCGAUCGACUGGAGAAGAGGGCCUCCACCUGCGGCCUCAUGCUCCUACUCGCAGCCCCGACGCUCUACGUAUUCUCUGCCAUCAGCAAAAUGGGUCUAGAAGCCACCAUCGCCAUGCUACUCCUCAGCGGGGCCCUGGUCAGCGGGCCGUACGCACUGAUCACGACCGCCGUCUCCGCCGACCUGGGGACUCAUAAAAGUCUGAAGGGAAACUCCCAUGCCCUGGCCACCGUGACCGCCAUCAUUGACGGAACUGGGUCUGUAGGAGCAGCGCUGGGCCCACUGCUGGCCGGGCUCCUCUCCCCAUCGGGGUGGAGCAACGUGUUCUACAUGCUGGUGUUUGCAGACGCCUGUGCCUUAGUGAAUCAAAUACCGACUCUCAACUUAUGAACCUGUUAGGUGUUAAAAGCAGCUCUUCAAUUAAGUCCCCAGAUCAUUUCCGCCAAGUAGCAGUGAAACUUCCGUCGUUAUGGCUGCUUAAGGCUGAAAACACUUCAAUUUCAGAAAUACCAAGUAAUAUAUACACUAAACUUCCUUUUAAAGCACAGCUAAACUCGUAAGAAAGGAAAGGAUAUCCCCAGGACCCCAGAAUGUAAAGACAACUAAAAUAAGUACCCAGGCUGAUGCUGGAGCAGCCAGGGUGAGUCGUCGGUCUCAGGAAUUGAGGGGCUGGGUGGUUAUGCCUCCCCUCCCACAGCCCUGGGGCUAAGAGGCGCGGUGCUGGGCUGGCCCAGGAUGCGGAGCUGGCAGUGGAGACCCCUCGUCAAGCCCGGACCGUCGGGGGUCCCUGCGUGUGGUGAAAGCAUGCACGUUUGCACGCUGGUACAGAAGACAGCCAGGAUGCGUGCUGUCUCAGCCCACACGCCAGACUGGGGGCAAGUCUGCCCUGAGAACUUUUAGCCAUGGACCUGCUUACAGUAACCUUCCAUUUUUUAACUUAGCAUUAUGUAAAUGUUAUGGAACACCUACAAAACAUUAAGUAAAGUUGGUUCUAGGGUGGUGAUGUACCUGGUUCUUCGGCAGAAGCAAAUCCCAAACCAUGUGAGAGGAACAAAGUUCACCCCCCGCCGCGUGGGGCCUCUAACACCCAGCUGCAGAUGAGCUCACACUCCCAAAUCAGGAAACAGUAGGGAAUGGCCCGCUGUGAUGCAGUGACAGGCACAACACACAGACCCCCGAACGGCAGGUAAAAGGGUUAUCGCAUAAACCGUAAAAAUAAACACUUGUAACGUUACUAAGAUGAUCAUACUGAGUGAAGUAAGUCAGAAAGGGAAAGACAAAUACCAUAUGAUGUCACCUGUGUGUGGAAUCUAAAAUAUGACGCAAAUGAACCAUCUGCAAAACAGAAACAAACUCGCAGACAUAGAGAACAGACUCUGGUGGCCAAGGGGGAGGGGAAGUGGGGGAGGGAAGGGUCGGGAGUUUGGGGUCAGCAGACGCAAACAAUUAUACAGAGGAUGGAUAAGCAACAAGGACCUACUGUAGCGCACAGGGAACUAUAUCCAACCUGCAGGGAUAAACCAUAAUGGAAAAGAAUAUGAAAAAAGAUUGUCUCUAUGUGUAUAACUGAGUCACUUUGCUGUACAGCAGAGAUUGGCACUACACUAAAUCAACUAGACUCCAAUUUAAAAAAGAUGAAAAAAAAUGACUAAAGAUGGCAAAGAAGGAACUGAAUUCACGUGCAAAGAACAAGACCUAAAAAAGACGGAGCUGGUGACAUACAGGUAUAAGGAAGUCAUCCAGAAUGAGCCCAGAAAGGGGAAGCUGGAAAAUACUAGGGAGCAGAUAGAGAUUGGAGGCUCAGAGGAGACGGCCCGGCACCGUCCAGCAGGAGUCCCAGAGGAAGAAACUGGAGAACCUGAGGUCGAAGCAGUCGUUGAAGAGAAAAGAGCUGGGAGUGAGGGGUGUGGGAGAGGACCCCACCGGGUCUGCGGUCACCAGCGGACGGCAGACUAGCUUGGAAACCCCGACUCCAGUUACUUACAGGAAACACACCUGAAAUGUCAGAAAGGACGAAAGGGAAAACACAUAACAGGCAAACAAUAACUGCGAGCCCGCGGCACCGGCUAGGUCAGAUGAGAGACUCCAGCCAAAAUCGCUGCAGGAGAGCGAGCGAGGACAGCCAGCAGACGGCUCCGUGGUUCCACUGAGGACAGUCUUUUCAGCCUUAAAGACCAGACACGGGCUUCCCUGGUGGCGCAGUGGUUGGGAGUCCGCCUGCCGAUGCAGGGGACGUGGGUUCAUGCCCCGGUCCGGGAAGAUCUCACAUGCCGCGGAGCGGCUGGGCCCGUGAGCCAUGGCCGCUGAGCCUGCGCGUCCGGAGCCUGUGCUCCGCGACGGGAGAGGCCACCACAGUGAGAGGCCCGCGUACCGCAAAAAAAAAAAAAAAAAAAGACCAGACAUGCCUCUUCUCUUCUGGGGUCUGUAGGCCAGUUUCACCUCCUUCCACGUCUGAGGCUGGACCUCCACGAACCCGGCAGGUGACUCUGGGGGCCUGCGGACUGUCUGGCUGUGAUCACGCCUGGGGCCCUGCUCUCCGAGCCCCGGGCCUUCCCCUCUCCCUCUGACCCCCGUCACACGGGGCUGCAGCCACCUGCGCGGGCUCUGGGGCCAAGAGGACCUCUCCCUGCUGGGCAGUGCACACAGACGGCCGCUUUUGUCACGUCUGAGAAGUUGGUGGGGCGACCAGCAGGCCCUGAGGCGGCAGGGCCGGGGCUCUCGCGGAAGCUACCCCGUGAAACAGGGCUGCUCCAAGGGUGGCCGGGCAGCCUCCGGUGCUGCUGGCUGCGGACCCUCGCCUCCUCCAUUACCCUGGCCUCCCCCAGUGUCACCGUGACCAUGGGUCACCUUGUCCUCACUCUCUGUCUUCUUCCCAUUUGGACACUUUAUGACUGGACUGGUUUCAUUUUAAACAGACAUCCUUCUGGCUGGAAUCUGUCCUAAGGGCGUUAUUCCCAGGAGCACGGCCUCCGCAGUGACACACGGGACUCGGUGCCCAGCAGCCCUGCCCUGGGACCCGGCCCGUGGGCAGCUGUGCGGGGCACUCCCACCGCUCUGCUUGAGGCUUUUAAGUUCUUUACGUUCUGAGGAAGAGGCCCCCUCCGUGGGCAGCUGGUCCCCAGCGCCCCACGGGAGAGCCGCAGACACGGUGAACUUGAGCGCCCGCUGGGUUGGGCUCCUGGGGGGCGGGGCUGCUCUGGCACCUUCCCGCUGCCAGCAGGGCACCACCCGCAGGGUCUCCCAGCAGUAACCGUGGCCUUGUCUUUGCUCUGGGUGCAGUUCCUGCUCCGCCUCAUACACAAGGAGCUGAGCUGCCCGGGGUCGGCGACGGGAAACCAAGCUCUGUAAGUGCGCCCUGCCCCCUGCGCCCCUCAGCCUCUGAGCGCCAGCCCGGCCUGUCUGCCGCCACACCUGCUUCUCCUAAAAGACCACACCUCACCCGUGGUCCCUGGCACUGCACGCCUCAUUCACGCUCAUUUUUCCUUUCCUAAUCAAUACCUGGUGUGGGUACGAUCCCGGCAACCUCUCCUCAAAAUGGAGUGAAAAAAUGUGCGGGAAAUUUACCUCUUUUCUGCUCUUUGAGCUGCAGCUUUCAGACAAACAUAGCAGCUCCCAGGCUCAGCCUGGCUCUGCUCCCGCUUCCUGUGCCCUCUCCCCUUUUCUGUCCCCAAGGCCUCGGGACAGGAAGGGAGAAGCUCCAGGCUCUGCGCUUUGGGCGUGAAUUGAGCGCUGCAGGCUGGGAGACCAGCUGCUGUUUCGCCCUCCUCUUGCAGGUUUAAGGAGCACUGACCCCUCGAGUCCCGUGGAGGGAGGCUGGGCCAGUCCUUCGCAAACGGUCUUUCAAGGAAGAGUUCAAGUAAAGGAUCCUGUGUUGAAAAGAGUGAUUUACCCUUGUCUUUUGUACAUUCACCUGGGAAAGACACACAAGCCACUUUGAGAAAUCCUGGUGCUGUGUCAGCCGGGCCGUGGAGCUCCCCGGCAGUGGUGGAGCAGCUCGUGGGCGGUGCUGGCUGCCGCCCGCCGAGCCCCACGAGCUGGCACCUCGGGGCGCCGGGUGGCCCCUCUGCAUCCUGAGUGGCAGCGGCCGGGACUGGUGUGCAGCGCCCAGGGGAGCCUCGGUCUCUCUCAGGUAUUUCAGCGCGGGACGUCCGAGUGGGUGGAGCUCAGAUGGCAGGAACGUGCCGGGGGACAGUCAGGAUGCUGCAGGCAGUCGGGGUGCGGACCGCAGAGACACCUCUGCAAGGACAGAGCUGACACCUGCAUCAAAACCAAGACAGAGCUCAGACCCAUCGUGUCACCCAAAAGAUGUCCCCAGCACUUCCCCCUGCUCUGCACCCACCCGGAAACGGUCCAGGGUGGACUGCGGUGAAGCCGUCAAAGCCUGUGGACAGACUGGAGGACAGACGGCCGCCCCGGAACCCCGGGGGUUCCCGUCACCAGAGCCCCAAGGGCCCCGAAGCCACUGGCCCCGGGUGGGGUCGCGGGGAGGACGUGGUGAGGCCGGGCCCGCAGCCCAGCCCUCUGUCUCCCCCCGUGACGCCACGCGCAGACCUGGGCCUGUCCUUGGUGACACAGCACUGGGGCGGAUUUAUUUGCUGAAAUGGGUGAUGUGUUACAGAAGCUUAGGGAACAUACGUGGCAUCUUGUCAUUGAUCCAGACAAGCUCCGAUGGUUUUCCAACCACCUGUUUCCUCGGGUGUUGCCUCUCGGUUGUUGACCUUUGAAAUAAAAUGUUUAAAAGAAAAACCAA